AUGUAUAAACUUGAUAUUCCACUCAAUUUAAAAGAGACAGCAGCUAUAGAACGUCGUCGUCGAGCAGAAAAAGAACGUCAAGGACGAGUAUUUAACUCUAAGUAUAGACAAAUAGGCGUCGAUAAGGAAGCACUAGAUCAACAAGUUGAAGAUCGCAAUUGGUUAGAAGACCUUGAACAAAAACGUGCAGAUGCAUUUGCUAAAGAUGCUAUUCGCAAUGAUACAGUCGCUCAAUUACUCGAACGCCGUCAACAAUAUGACGAAAGAGAAAAUAAUCGAGCAGUAAAUGAAUUUCGUGCUUUACAUCAACAACCAUUCGCUCAAAGAGAAUGGGAUUUGAAUGAUCCAGAUUAUUUAAAAAAAGAUAUGCCAGCACGUGUAGCUGACGAUGAUCCGCGUUGUGGUGUAGCUAGUUUACAAAAAUUUAAAGGUGAAGAUCUUAAUUCGCCCGCACGAAAGAAAUAUCAACAAGAACAAUUACGAGAAUGGUCGCGUUUACAGCAAGAAAACCAAAGACAUGCACAACAACAACAACGUGCCGCCGAUCGAUUGUAUGAUAUGAAGCAAAAUGAAUUAGACCAACGUUCAGUUGAACUUCAAAGAGCCGAAGAAGAAUGUCGAAAAGCGAUUAAUGAAUCAAUUAAAAAUUAUAAUGAUGCUUUACUACGAGAAACAGAAGAACGUCGUGCAUUGAAGAAACGUCAAGAAGAAUAUGAUAAUUAUGCUGAAUUGGCAAAUAUGAUAUCCUGUGAUUUACUAACAGAAAAUCCCGAUCAAGCUAUGAGUCAAUUUGGACCUCAUCGUGUGGUACCAGAUCGAUGGAAAGGUAUGAAUGAAGAACAACUACGUCGUAUACGUGAAGAACAACAGCAACAAAUUGAAGAGAAAAAACGUCGUACUGAAGAAGAACAACAACGUGAAGAUGAGUGGAAUCGACGACGAUUUGCUGAAGCUAAAGCUGGAAUGAUUAUUGAAAAACAUGUUGAACAUGAAAAACGUACAUUUGAACAAGAUGUCUAUAAUGAUAAUCAACGUCUAGCAAAUGAACAACGUAAUCUCAAAGCCUAUCUUGACCGUGUUGUCUACACAAAUCAGCCAACAGCUGCUUAUUUCAUGCAGUUUAAUACAUCAUCAAGAUAA